AUGGACAGCCCGAAGCCUACGGGCACCACUACCAUUCACAUUCAAGGACUUGGAGAUGCGAGAGGACUUGUUCUAUCGAGCGGCGUAAGGCAAUUCUUUGGAAUUCCAUACGGGAGGCUCUCAAAGAGAUGGACACGGGCUACUAUGGCUACUUCCUGGGAAGACUCAUACCAUGAUGGUACAGUACUUGGACCAUCUCCUCCAAGUCCCCCUGAAUUUACCUUCGAUGAUGAGCCCAGUACUCUUCUCCCAGUACCUCCCUUUGCGCAUCUAGGUAAAGCCACAGUGGAUGAACUCAAUUGUCUCGUCGUCAACAUCACAGUUCCACCCCUUUCGAUGUCGCGUAGAGGCGGACCAUGGCCGGUUAUGGUCUUCAUACACGGCGGCGCUUUUCUCUCCGGCUCCAGCAAUCUCCCUGCAUAUGAUAUGGGCAGACUGGUGUCUCAUUCUGUUACAAUUGGAAAACCAGUAGUAGGAAUUACUAUCAGUUAUCGUGUGAGAUUUGGAGGUUUUCUUGCUUCCAAGGUCAUCCGCACGGAAUUGGAACGAGAUGGCUUCUCUGGAAACGGAAACUUUGGUCUUACGGACCAGCAGCUUGCCUUGAACUGGAUCCAAAGAUACGUGCACGAGUUCGGCGGAGACUGCAAAAAUGUCACUAUUUUGGAUGCUCUGCUGGAGCCCGUUUCUUUUCGCCGUGCCAUAUCGAUGUCUGGAACAGCCAUAUCGUUCCCUUGCUGGUCUGAAGCAGAGCAUGAACUCUGGUUCCGGGCUCUACUAAAAGCAGCAAAGAUUCCCUAUGACUCUCCAAAUGCCCUACAAAAGCUUCGUGCCGUGCCUGAGCGUCAGCUUGCGGCAUUAUCAUCAUCAGUCAAUGGUGUCACAGCAGGUUCCUGCCUGCCUUGUGACGAUGGCUUCUUUCUAGACGCCAAGGCUCUCUACGAUCCUGAUAGAACCACGGAGAUAUUUCCUCAAGAUCUUGAGUCUUACAUGGUGGGUGAUGCGCGCGAUGAAGGUAUGAUCUUUGGCUACGACAUUUCUCUGGACGGCAAUGAUCGCUCUUAUCUCCUCGGUGUUCUUCUACGCCAUAUGUCUUCGGAUGCUGCCUCUGAGAUACUCAAGCUCUAUCAAGUCGGCCCCGAGCUUCCCACAGCAGAUAUCCAGCAUACCAUGUGCCUCAUGGCUGCCGACGCGAUUUUCCACAUGCCGACAUGGUUAUCUGCUCAAAGGUCUCCGAUCAAAAGUACCACUUAUGCGUACCAUUUCGAUCAGGAGUCCACAAUUCCGGGCGAAGGCCUCGGUCUUGCACAUCAUGCGCACGAUUUGAUGUAUAUCUUUGGAAACUGGCCAGAGACGCCGGGUGCAGGCCAACUGGAGCUUUCCAGACGCAUGCAGAACGCUUAUAUUCGUUUUGCAUACGGGAAAGAACCUUGGGAAUGUUUUGAGAGCAGAGGGUGCUGGAAGACGUGGGGCCCAGACUGUACCGAGUCGCUGCAGAAGGAAGAGCACGAAACGAGUUCCACAAGAAGAUAUCAGCGAAUGAAAGAAAUUGUUAGGAAGAGGCUUUGGAAAGAGUUUGCAGCAGCUAUGGAUGAAGUUGCUUACAAGCGGUCUAAAAUCAAGGAGGGUCUAUAG